UUUGCAGAGGCUGAGCCCAUCGCUGCCUCGUUCCCCGGCCGGGGGCUGAGCGCCCCGUCUAAGGUCGCCGCUAGGGGACCCCGGCGAGCCGCCUCCGCGGCUCUGCCCGGGCUCAGGGGCCAGGUGACGGGAGCAGCAAAGACUUUCUGGGAAACCGCCGCGCCCUGGUCCCCGGGAAUGGGACGGAGGCGCUGGGGCCUGGAGGGACUCGCCGCCCUGCUGGUCUAGUAACGCCCGGGGGUCGAGUCUGUGCCGCCCUCUCGCUGUGUGAGCUUGAUGUGUGAAGAUUUCUCAAAUACAUUGAUGCAACUUUGUGGCCUCCCAGAAUGAAAAGUUUGGCAUAGUUAUGCUUGGAAGCCAGGUUGACAGGGUGCACUCCAAGAGCAAAAUAUAGCUGUUGGUGGAGUCCGUCGGGUGCAGCUAUACUCAUCCUCUGACAGUUUUUUAGGAUAUUGGCAGGGCAGAAGAGACAGGCAUAUAACAUGAAGCCAAGAAAACUCUUUUUAAUGAUUUCAGAAUAAGAAAAUAUCAGUCAAAUGAAGCAGCCCAUGCAGUGGAUGUGCUUUUUAAUCCCAUAAUGUCGGAAGCCACAUCUCCAGAAAAUAAAAGACCCCGGAGAAGCUUGUCCCUCAGUAAAAACAAGGAAAAGAAUGAAAAUAAGAAAAAGAAUGAAGCAGAAGUUAAAGGAGCACCAUCCACACCUUCAGCUUCUUCCUCUAUCCUUUCUUUUUUUAACAACACUCCCCCUGCCAAAGUCACCUGCCCUAUGUGCGGGCAAAUGGUGCCAAGGUAUGGGAUCAACAAGCACAUAGAUGAAAUUUGUCAGAAGAACCAUGGGGAUGGUGCAAUGAUUCUAGUUGAUUCAGGACUUGACUGUUUUAUGAAUGCGGGCCCAUCAGGUAUAGAUCUGAACACUAGUUCCAGCCCAUACUUUGCAAAGGAAGCUUCAACUCCAGAGAAAAAUAUGAGCAUCUUUGAAAGCAACUUGUUGAAAAUGAGAGCAGAUGCAGGACAGCAGACUAGUCCUUACUUUAAGAAUAAUAAUGCUCCAAUGUGCAAUGUUCAGAAUGGGCCAAGGGUGCAAAUGGUUAAAAGUAUCUCUUUGGGCAACUUGUCAUCUAAACUGUCCAGAAGGCACCGUAUCCAGAAUAGACAACUGAUAGAAGAAAACAAGAGGAAUUCUUCAUCUCAAGCUGUUCACAGUGUGUGUGACAAUGCUGCAGAAUGGGGUGAUGGAGAGACUUGUGCUGGGGAUGGCUUUCAGAAAGAGAAUCACUUUGUUCUGGCAGGAUUCCAAAAGCAGCAUGUCCCAAAAGACAGUUUAACAAAAGAACUUGAAAGUCAGGGAGAAACACGAGAAUGUGAUAAAGAGACUCUUGUGGGUUCUGCUCAUGGAUUAGUAUCUUCAGUUUGCAUUGUGGCCAGGGAGCUAGUGUCUGCUGCAGGGAACACUGAGAAACACAGUUAUUCUGAAGGCAUGGUGCCUAAUCUUGGCAAACAUAAAACACAUCCAGCAAGUUAUAAUAAAGUAGAGAGAUCUGAUGGUUCAGAAGCCAAAACUCAGUUCUCUGUUAAGGAUAUUCCUUCUUCAAGGACACAAGUGAUGUAUGAGAGCCAUACAGAAAACUGCCUAGUGACAGAUAAUACAGGAACACUUCCUAUGGAAGUUCAUGAAAACUUAAGGAAUGAGAUGAUUUAUCAUACUUUCUCAGAACCUACGCAAGAGGUGGAUUUUCAGAGUCCUGCCAGUGACAUUUUAGACAAAAUAAGUGGUGCAUUUGGUUCUGCGUCUGACUCUUUUGGUCACCCAUAUUAUCUCCAGAAUUUCCUGAUGGUCCUGCAAGUGGUCUUGGAGAAUCAUGAUGAUCUGAGACUCUUUGAUGAGCAAGAUACCAGCACUAUCACAAAGUUCUACCAAUUGUCAGCUGGUGGACAGAAGUUAUAUGUAAGACUUUUUCAACGCAAGCUGAAUUGGAUAAAAAUUAACAAAAUAGAAUAUGCAGAGAUCAGUGCAGAUUUGUUGCCAGUAAUUGGAGAAUUGGUUGAAGCAGGCUUUCUGCAAACAGAAUCUGAAUUACAAAACCUUUCUGAGGGGCUGGACUUGCUUUCUGCUCCUGAGCUAAAAACAUUAGCAAAAACCUUUCACCUGAAAAACCCAAAUGGUCAGAAACAGCAGCUGGUGGAGGACUUUCUCAGACUGUCAAAACAACGUUCGAUCUUCAGCAGGGAUCAGGCUGGUAUUGGGGCAGUGAUUUUGAAAAGGGCUAAGGACCUUUCUGGGAAGUCUGUCAGGGUCUGUAAAGGCCCCCGAGCAGUAUUUUCUCGAGUUUUACUGCUGUUCUCACUCACCGAUUCAGUGGAGGAUGAGGAAGCAGCUAGUGGUGGCCAAGGCCAGCUUUCCACCUUGCUUAUGGUAAACAUGGGUCGUACGGUGUUUCCCAGUUACACAGUAAAUAGGAAAACAGCAAUCUUCCAGGACAGAGAAGAUCUCAUCAGAUAUGCAACAGCUGCUCAUUUGUCAAAUGAUGUAGCCACUGCAAUGGCUAAUGGGAACUGGACAGAAGCUAAAUAUCUCUAUAUGUGUGCAAAAGAAACCUGGCAUGAACUGAAAAAUCAUCCUUCUUUGAGAUGCCAUAGAGACUUACCUGAGUAUCUGCGACAUUUUACGGUUGGGUGGAUGUAUACAAGAAUCCUCUCUCGAGGGGUUGAAAUACUGCAGAGACUUCAUAUGUAUGAGGAGGCUGUGGAAGAACUGCAGUAUCUUUUGUCUCAGGAAGUGUAUUGUACAGACAGCAGAGGACGAUGGUGGGAUCGACUGGCUCUGAAUUUACACCAGCACUUGAAACGCAAUGAGCAGGCUAUUGAGUGCAUUAGAAAAGGGCUGUCAGAUCCAUUAGUGCGCACAGGCCAUCGACUCUCUCUCUACCAGCGUGCACUGCGAUUGAAAGACUCACCAAGCUGCAAGAAGUUCAGGAGCCUCUUUCAGGAGCUGCCUGUCAUAACUGUGGAAGAUGUUACACAUGUUACAAUCAAAGGAAAGAUGUGUCCCCAAACAGGGGUGGGAAAAUCUGUGUUUCUAAUGGAGGACGUUGAUGAUCAAGAGGAAGGAGAAGACUUCACUCUGUCCACAAUCAUGUGUUCAGUUGAGGAGCUGGCGUUAACACAUUACAGACAGAAUGGCUUUGAUCAGGGGAUUCAUGGAGAAGGGUCCACGUUUAGUACACUCUAUAGCCUUUUAAUGUGGGACAUUAUUUUCAUGGAUGGCAUACCAGAUGUUUUCAGAAAUUCUUAUCAGGCAUUCCCCCUGGAUUUGUAUACUGACAGCUUCUAUGAGAACAGGAAGGACGCCAUUGAAUCUAGACUCCAGCUACUGCACGCAGCUUCCUCAGAGACCCUGCAAGAGAUGAUUGCCAAUGUCUGGAAUGCUCAAGAGGGAAAAGCAGCAGCACUGGUUAGCUGGGACCGGUUUACUUCUCUCCAGCAGGCUCAGAGUCUAGUGGCUUGCUUUGGGGGACCUUUUCUAAGUGGUGUAUGUAGGAGGCUCUCCAAAGAUCUGCGCCAUUGCAGAGGGGGUCUUCCUGAUCUAGUCGUGUGGAGUACGCAAGAGCACCGCUUCAAGCUGGUGGAAGUUAAGGGUCCCAAUGAUCGCCUCUCCCAUAAACAGAUGAUUUGGCUGGAUGAACUGAAGAAGCUGGGAGCUGCUGUAGAAGUUUGUCAUGUGGCUGCAGUUGGAGCUAAAAGUAAACGCCUAAGUUGAAUAAAACUAUCUCAAACAUGUUGUAUGGGGAGAAUUGACUAUUUUUAAAUAAAUAAAUAAAAUGUGC